AUGGGGUCAAAGAACCUGCAGGACAUUCAGCAAGCAAUCGACGUCAGUAGACAGGCGGCUGAGGCGGUCGACCGCGAUGACAUGCAGAGGCGCGCGGCGUCGGCCAACUACGAACAAGAUGGAGAGGCUGCCAACUUGGACGAGGUCAUUGGUGUUCUUGGACAGGUUCUUCAAGGUAGUCUCUCAGCAACGCGUCCCGAGAGAGGAACUUUGGAAAUCGGCUUGGUGGACGUGCUGCGUGAGCGAUUUCGCCGCACUGGUGACGCCAGGGAUUUGGAGAAGUCCAGAGAGGCCUUCCAGCGAGCAUGA